AUGCAUACAGUGGUGUUACCCCCCGGAAAGCCUGCUCCUCCGCCAACUGCGCAACCCCAAGCCGCCGCGGCUCCUGCGCCAGAAAAGAAGAAGCGCGUGCGUCGAUGGCAUCGCCGUGGGUUUACAGGUUGCUUAACCUGCCUCGAUUGCGAUGGAACUCAAGGUCGAAUGACUUUCAAAGUGUAUGGCCCAUCGCAAGGUGCACAAGACGUGUCCCAGAGCCCGAACAAUAGCAACGCGGCAAAUGCAAUAACGGUCAAAAAUCAGCAAUUGGAUAUCAAGCAUGUCAAGCAGGAGCCCCAGGACGAUAAGGAUGAUCUCGUUGAUGGCAUAGUGAUUUCUCCGACGACCAUUACCGACUCGGCUCCGGUCAAAUAUCGAUUCCAAGACCCCAUGUCUCCUUCAGGCUUCAUGCCCUCGUUAGAUUUCGUAGAGGGCCGCUACUAUACCCAUUUCAUCGAACAGGUCGCAACGUUGCUCCUUAUCUACGAUAAUUCGAAUAACAUCAACCCGUUUCGACAAUACUUUCCCGAACUCGCUCAGUCCUCACCAUCCGUGGCAAGCGCCAUGCAAGCGCUUGGCGCGUUGCACCUCGCAAAUACAUCCACAGGCCCAAAGCGCAAUGUACAUUUCCAACAAGCAAUGGGCAAGUAUGGAGAGGUGGUAAAGACCUUUAGGACGAGGUACACACAUCCCGACCACGAAGUUCAAAUCACAGACUUUGCAACUUGUCUCUUGCUGUCUUUAUUUGAGAUGAUGGAUUCCGGACAUGAUAAUUGGGCGAUCCAUCUCAAAGGCGCUCGCGAGAUCUACAAAUCGUUAUUUUUAUCGAAGAGAAGCGACCCUGCAAAAGAGGCCCAACGGCUAGCGGAAUCGAAUCAUCCCCUUCGACAUUUUCUCAUUUCCCUUCUUUCCUAUCUCGACGUCGCGGGCGCAUGCAAUACCAGCGAAGGCACUGUAGUGGAAGGAAGCUACUGGAGGACGCAUGGAGGCGGAUGGGAAUACAAUCUAGGCACCCCGAGUCUGUCAUCGUCCACACCCGGCGAUGACCGGUUGAACGAGCUACGGCAAUGCUGGUCCAUCAUGAUGGAGAUUCAAGCCGACAUUAGCGCUUUUGGAAAAGCGAAACAUGAGAAGUGGCUCACGCCUGCGCAACAAGACGUCAUUUACGGUGACUUGCUGAACCGCCUCGUUCAAUGGCGCGCAAAUGCACCGCAAUGCAUCCAGCAGCUAGGCGAAUUAAACGACGAGAGCCUACAACAAUACCAAUACCCGGAAGUUAUGGAGUAUGCCGGAUGUAUCGAGGCCUAUGAGAAAGCGACGAUCAUCUUCUUGCACAAAGUGAUCGCGGCUGAACGUCCCGAUCGUCCUCCCCAGACACCGUUCCUGCAGGUGCUGGCCACUCGCAUACUCAAUCUGAUCAAGAAGCUGGCGAGAGAUGUAGGCCAGUUGGCAGUGAUGUGGCCGCUCUUUAUUGCAGGGCGAGAAACCCGAGAUGAAAUGCAGCAGAAGGCAGUCCGCCAAACAAUGGUCGACUGCCAGCGGUUCGGAUUCAAGAAUGUCGAUAAAGCCCUCGAAGAACUAGAGAGAGCCUGGUUUAAGCAACGCGCUUUCCCGGAGGGUUGGGUCGACAGGAUGGAUGAUAUUCGCACAUCGAUCCUUCUCCCGUAG